AUGGACGAAGACGACGACGUCCGUUCGCUCGGCGCCGAGCGGGAUUACUAUUCGACGCUCGAACCGCCGAUCCUGCCGAUGAACGGCCCGAUCUCGACGCUCGAGCAACUGUUGCAGGUCAAGGGCGUCACGCCCGAACUGCUGUGGGGCCUCGACCAAGACCGCAACUACGAAGUCUCUCCAGCCGAGGCCGCCGGCGUCGCGCUGCCGGUCGAUAACUCCACGGGAGAACUGAGCGGGGGUUGGGCCUCGAUGCUGACGCUCUAUAGCGCCGAGGCCAAUGUUCAGCCCGACGGCACUCCGAAGAUCAACGUCAACGGCGACGACCUGCAGCAGCUGCACACGCAGAUCGAGUCGGUCCUCGGGAUCGACGCGGCCAACUUUGUGGUCGCCUACCGCCAGGGCGGUCCCGAAGAGGACCCCGACGCCCUCGAAGACGAAGCGACCGAGCCGGAGCAGCCCGAGGAGGUCGAGGCGCUCGGCGAAGGGGGAGGGGAGGGCGGCGGAAGCACACAGAUGCAGGAGAAAGCCGCCGGCGCGAUCACUAUCGACUUCAAUGCCCCCGCCGCCGAGGCGAUUACCGACCCACUCGACCUCGUGGGCGUAAGAGUCCGCGUCGUCGAGGCGGGACAGCUCGAGCCGGCGAUCGUCACGUCGCCGUGGCAGGAAGGGGACACCACGAUCAACCAGAUGGUCUCGACCCUGACGACGACCGACGCCACGUCGAUCCCCGGACGGGUGAACAUCAACCAGGCGCCGCGAGCCGUGCUGAUAGGGCUCCCCGGCAUGCCACCGAACGUGGCCGACGCCAUCGUCGCCAACCGCGACCCGACUGCCGGUUCAACCCGCCCCGACCGCCUGAACGCCGUCUGGCUGCUGACGGAGGGAUACCUGCAACUCGAAGAGAUGAAGGCCUUGGCGCCGUACGUCACGGGGCAGGGGGCCGUCUACCGCACCCAGGUCGUUGGGGGCUACGAAGCGGGCGGCCCGAUCCGUCGGAUGGAAGUCGUGCUCGACGCCACGACGCUGCCGCCGCGGGUGGUGCUGCGCCGCGACUUGAGCCCGCUGGGCGCUGGCUUCGACCCCGCGCUGUCCCAGCUUUCCCCACGAUCGAGUCCCGCCUUGCUGACCCUCGCCCUCCAGACCGACAGCCGUGGCGUCACCGCCGUGCUCGCCGACCGCCCGAAGGGGGGCUCGGUGCGGCUCGCUGGGUACGCCACGGUCGAACGCGCCCCGUCGGCGGAUAAGCUGGCGGAGGCACUCCGUGCGGCGUUGCCGAAACUGCGCGGCGGAAAGGCACAGCUCGCCGUUGCGCUUGGGCCCGAAGACGUCCGCGUCAAGCGGCUCGCUGUACCGCCGGCGCCCGAAACCGAGUUGCCGCCGAUUGUCGCGCUGCAGGCGGCGCGUGACGCGGCCGCGGACGUCGAGUCGAUCGUCGCGGACUUCUCGCCGCCGCAGGCGGGACAAGAAGGGGCUCCGACGGUGCUCGCCGCCUGGGCGAGCGAAGAGGCCCUGGCGUUCUGGCGUGAGGUCGCCGAAGACCUGGGUGGCAGGUUGGCGGUCGCGACGCCGCGGCCGUUGGCGAUC